AUGGUUGAAUUACGUAGAUCGGGAAGAAUUAGCACUCUUAAAAAGACACACUUUUUAACAGAAGAAGAUUCUGAGGAGGUGAAACCUGCUAUUAAAAAACAACGUGUUUCAAAAACCAAAAAGAUUGUUAUUAAGAAAAGUAAUGGUAAAAUGAAACCCAAGUUAGACGGAAAGGAGGAAAUCGUUAAGAGCGUAAAAGAAUUAGAUAGUACAGCUGUCAAAAACACAGACUCGAUCUAUAAAGAGCUACAAAUUGGUGAUGAUAUUCCAGAUAUAAUUUUACCAGAUGAAGAGGGAGUUAGCGUUUCUUUGAAAAAAGUUGUAGAGGAGAACAAAAUCGUGGUCUUUUUUGCCUUCCCAAAAGCUAAUACUCCAGGUUGUACACGCCAAGCUUGUGGGUUUCGUGAUAAUUACAAAGAGUUGAAAGAACAUGCCGCCGUAUAUGGAAUAAGUGCAGAUCCUGUGACAGCUCAAAAAAAAUUUAAAACCAAGCAAAAUUUGCCAUACUCGCUUUUAAGUGACUCUAAAAGAGAUUUCAUUGGAUUAUUAGGGGCAAAGAAAACGCCUCAGAGUGGAGUAAUUAGAUCUUACUUCAUUUUUGUUGAUGGGAAACUAAAGGUCAAGAGAGUCAAAAUUUCACCGGAGCUAAGUGUUGAAGAAGCCAGAAAGGAAGUAUCUGCUUUUGCUUCAAAUUAA